ACACACACACACACACACACACACACACACACACACGGUGCCUCGGUUCCACCUCACGCAGCGGCUGUGUGGAAAGAGCCAGCCCCGUCAUUUCAAGGUUAUCUCCUGCAGGAGCCUCUCUUUUCGGAUCCUAUGGGACACCUGGUCACCGCAGUGUUUCUGUGGGCUGCUGUCGGAGUGGGAAGCCGGCCGGUAACCUCACCCCUUGAUGAUGCAAAGGUUGAAUGUAUUAUUCAGGAGACGUUGAAUGACGACGGGUCACAUCAUGAGUGCGGCCCACAGCUUGCAGAGGAACUUGAUGAAGUGCAAAGACAUCAGGGUCUGCUCAGGGAGCUGCAGAAGCUAGCUGGUGAUGAGAGAGAAGAGGAACAAGACGACGAGUACAACCUGGCUGAAGACGAGGGCGACUUUGAGGGUGGAGAUGAGGAAGGGAAGGAGGAGAGAGACGUGACCGACCUCGCACAAAAGACUGAUGAAAAGAAAGAAGUGAAGACGGAAGAAGAUGACACCAAGGAGAAGACGAAGGAGGAGAAACAGAGUGAGGACAAAGGGAGGGACACUGAGGAGGAGAGAGCCAAGGAGCUGGAGGAGCUGCUAGCCGAAGAGAUCACUAAGAAAGGAAAGGAGGAGAGGAAUGAUGAAGAGCUGAAAGAACUGCUGAAAGAGCUGAAGAAGAAACGAUACGAGGCGGUGAAGGAGAGGGACAGCCACAAAGGCGCUGGAGAUGAGCAGAAGGAGGAGAUGAAGAAAAAGGAGGACGAAGAGAAGGAAGCAGAAACAACGGUGGACUUGGAGAAACAGAGGAUGGAGGAGAGGAGGAAGAGUGAGGUGGAGCUGAUGGUAGAGAAAGAAAAGGUGGAGAAGGAGCUCAAUGAGCUGCUCAAAGAGCAGGACAGCAAAAGCCAGCCGGAGCAGGAGAGGAAGAAGAAGGAGAAGCAGGAGGAGCUGGAAGAACUCGUCAGGAAGAUGAAACAGGUGCAGGAGGACGAGCAGGAGACGCAGGAUGUGAAGAAAGAGGGCGGCGUGGGUGACAGGACGGCGGAGGAGAACAGCGGGAAGAAGGAGGGAGAAGAAGAGAAGGAGGCGGGGCAGAAAACUGAGAACGACGUCAAGACGAAGGAGGAUGCCGGGGAGGUGAAGCUGCCACAGCAGAAGAGAGUGAUGGAGAAAGCGAGCGAUGAAGCCACGCGGCAGUUCGAGCGGGAGAGGUUGAAGGAUGAGGAAGAGGAGGACGAGGAGGACGAAGAUGAAUAUGUCAGAGAGGAUGGGCAGGACGAGGAGGACGGUGAGCAGGGAGAAGCUGAAGAAGAUGAAGGCGAGGAGCUGCUGGAGAUUGAAGCAGAGCUGCGCAAAGUUGCUGCAGAGCUGAGGGAGCUUCGCCGAGGAUGAGACACACACACACACACACACACACACACACACACACAGCUGUCAGACUAAACCCUUUGUUGCAUUCACAGUCACACAUUCAGCUCACACAUUUACCAGCCUUUAAAUCCCUUCAGCACUGAGAGAAAUGUCUUUAGUAGAAACAUUAGUAGAACCUGUACACUUCCUGCCCCGGAGAAAGAUUUCACCUUUUCCGCAAUGCUCAUCUGAAGCCACCUGAGUGUUGAGGAAAAGGAGACACAUUUUUCUCCGGUGGAUUCUUAAAGGUCUUUUGUGUCCGUGUACACCCGAGGUACUGGUUUGUCUCAGUCCCUGUGAGCACUGUUUGUAAGGUAGACAGGUGAUUGUACUCGUUGUUGUAAACCGCCAUGGAUUGUAAAGCAUUCAGCAACAUACACACACAUACACCGUCGUCAUGACUACCAGUGCUUCUUUUCUCUGCAGGUAGCCUACAAACAUUGAAGGUGUAUUCUUAACGGGGAAACACAGAUUCUCCGCUAGAACUAAAUGUGUGUUUCAUUGUGUAUUUUGUGCAAUAACUGAUAACUCUGUGUAGGCGGUUCCUGCUGACUGUUAUGAUGAUAUGUAGGCCUACUACUGAUAUUUCUACACAGGAGUCAGUCAUUAUUUACUCCGUUUCUUUGACGAUAGGGUAGAAACAAAAGGAUUGUGUUUCAUUUGGCUCACGCACUGUUAAAUCCAGACUGUUUGAGAAGAACCAGGGUGACACGAGCAAAAACAGACGACGAUAAAUGCCGCACGCCGACACUUGAGAGAGAUGUUGAGGAACGUCUUUAAGCGUGCGGUGACGACAGGGUGUGAUGUACUUAGAGCUUAAAGGUCUAAAAGUGUCACUCCGGGUUCUCAGCGAGCUUUGCACUCUUAUCUUAACAAGCCAAGGAGGAGUCGAGGGGAGAGGGAGACACUAAAGCCAUUCUGUUGUCUUUUUUGGGUAACGUUGAUAAAUACUCAGUGUUGUUACGUCUCACUUUUCAUGGCCGUUGUGUAAUUUUUGUAAAUGUAAGAUAUCACGGUCUGUAAGCCAAGGUCAUUGGAAAUAUUAAGCAACAGCGCCCCCAAGAGGACACUGAGUAGAAAUGCAAACAAUGCAGGGUAAACAGGGUUACAAAUGGAGGCCAAUUUAAUGCAAUAACACGAUAAAGGCUACAGCACACGUGAAUGCAAUCAUUAGCCAAAUACUGAAUAACUUAAUGUAUUUUAAUAUGUAAGCAACUUGCAUCAUAAUGUACUCGUAACAGGUAUAGUCUCUUUUUUCUACACAGCCAAGAUUUACCAAACUACUUGAAAGUAUUUGAACGCUGGCGACAUAUCCAGUCAGCUGAUGUAAACAGGAAGUAAUAAUCACACGUAAUCAGUCAUCACCGAGGAGCACAUUGUACUCUAAAGCUUUGGAAAAUAUAAAAAAAUUAAGAGCUUUCUUUUUUUAGAAGUGUGAAAAAUGUGUUCCUAACAAACCAGCAAGAACGAUGUUGAAAAUGUCGGGGGAGGGGGCGGCACAGAGGACAUUUCAAACAACAGGAUAACAACACCAUUUGUAAUAUUACUGGCCAAUCAGAGUGCUGUAUUUUGUGCCUGCUGUAUCUUCUUCUAUGCUACCUGUUAAUCAAUAAACGGAAAGUCUAUUAAACCGU